AAUGAUAGGUGCGUCUUUCAAGACAAUUGUUUUUGAAAAUCCCGAUUAAAUCUUCACGUAAAUCCUAAAACAGUAGGCAUGCAGAUAAAGUUUCUCUUAUAUAUAACAGGGGGCAGUUCCCGUUUCCUUGAUCCUACUUCAAGGACCAAGGACCUGCAGAUGAAAAUAUCAGGGUUCUAAGGUAGAGGAGUUGUUAGAAACGAUCGGUUAUGGAUUAUUGUAUCGUUGAUCUUAUGUACAGGUGCCAAGACUGCUUGAGGUAAAACAAAAAGCUCAAUGGAUUACUUGACGUACAAUUAGUUGGUGUGCAUAUCUGCGUGGAACAUGAUGUUAAUUAUAUCUCUAGCUAUGAUUGUUGAAACAAAGACUCCGAAAUGUUCAGCACCUUUAUGACAGCUGUUUUAAAUAGAACUCCGAGUUUUAUUGCAUUAAAAAGGCAGAAAAUUUUAUCAAAUUAAGGCAAUCGGACAGAAAUUGCAUUACUUAGACAAGGUGUGACCAUCGUCUCGGAUAACAUUUGGACUUUUACAAUUCCUGAGAGGAUUACAUGAUUCGAGGCUCGAAGUGAUGGCUUCAGUAAUGCCGUCAAAACCAGAACAGCAAAAACCCGUCCCAAUACAGGAAUUGGAUAUUUCUCCCGAUUCUCUGGUCUUCACGCAAGGUAAAGAUGCCAAGAAUAUCAAAAUCAAGCAGUUUCUCUGUGUCCGAGACGUCAUCCCGAAGACAAACUUGUAUCAAGCGAUUCUUCUGGAGAACAGGAGCCAAGACCGCCAUCUACAGAGGACCCUGUCAAGUCUCUCAACCAGACAACUGAAACAUGCAAACUCCUUUGAUCUCACAGCGAGGACUUUUAUGGCUAUGCAAGAAAGGAAGCAGAAGAAAUGGAAACGUGAGGAUGAGAUGAGGUUAUCUAGUAUGAAUCUCCCUAGCCUACAAGGGUCGGAGAAUUUGGCUCCUAGUCUCGAUGUGAUGUACCACAUGCCUGAGUACUCUACGAAAUCGAAACCAAAACGAAGCAAAUCGAGAGAAAAGGAGAAAACGAAAUUUCCAAAGAUGCCAUAUAGUAUUAGACGAGAGCAGACUGAGAUCGUAACUUACAACGAAAAGACUUACAUGACAAAGUUACCUGAAAUGGUUGAAGUCGAUCAAAAUGCUCUUCAACAUUAUGACUUGUAUCGUGGAAAGAAAUUCCUUAGUGCGGGUGCUACAAAAACUGACGACAGAUUCAAACACCUUACAGACACACUGAAUCCUGCUCAUUUGAAGGACUUGGAUAAAUAUCCACUGGAAAAUGCAACAAGUAAAAGCCGCCUUUCCAAGUACAGCAGUUCUUCUCGACUUUCUUCUCGAGAAUCAGACGACGAUAACGCAUUUUCCCGCCAUAUGACACCCAAACAGAGGGCGAGUUGGAUGCUGACCCGACCGGAUACAUACUCUGACCUACUGGAUAAACCAGUCUCCAAAGAAGGCAGACCUAGGCCGAAGAGAGAAAUAUCGGUGUCUUUCGAUGACCACCCAAAAGUGGUUAAACGAAGCGAAGAGAUUCUGGAAUCGUUUAGAACUAUGGAUGUGAAAAAAUUGGCAAAAUCUAUUUUGAAAGAUAAGAAGGAAAAUACAAAACCUGAAGAUCAUGGUGCAGAAUCCUCUGUUGAGGAAACGGUUACGGGAGAAGAAAAGAAAGUGUUCGUUCCGGGAGUCAAUGUGUAUUAUUCCACAAGCAAGAAGUAAUGGCUAACAAUAUGAAUUGCUUCAAAAUUAACAUGUAGGAGUCAUAGAAACAAUCUCUCUCUCUCUCUCUCUCUCUCUGAAAAAUUUGGCGCUUUAAAUCGCAAUUCGAGACCAAGAAACUGUUCUUCUUAAUUUUUGCAAUUCAUCGGGUAAUGUCAUUUAAAUCCUCCUUAAGAUGUUUAACUGCGUACGUUAUACAAUACACAUACAUACAAUCCAGUUCAGCGCAAGGUCGCCGAACAAUCCGGCGGAAACCCAAAACACCUGCUUAUAAUUCAGUGGUAUAUGUAACUGUGUCUUAUUGAACUCGGAGCCUGUUGGGGAUUUUCUCUUUGAUGUGACAUGAAUGAGAGACAACAAAACAACCUUGAAUGAUACACUAUUCAUUGCAGUUAAAAUUGGGUUGAGAAGUACAUUUGAACUCCAAGUUUUGAAAUUUAAGAAUGUCUGAAGACCUUGAAAAUGUCAACCGCCUAUAACAAUGUGGUGCUUGUUGGGUUACCUGAUGUCGUAUAUGAAAAAUAAAUAUAAAUUGAACACUUGGA